UUAGGCACUAUUAAAUUCCCUCCGUGCAGAAAACCGAUUCUUAUAUAAGCUUUCAAGUUCCAAUAAAAUACAAUCGAAUCACUCUUUGAGUAUACGAUUACAAUUUUUCUCUAUGUAGCAUCAGCAUUUUCUGUCUUAACGCACGCAAAAACCUAGGGUUAGGGUUUUAUAAAAGUUCAGUUUCCAUGGCGGAGGACGACGAAAAGAACGUAAAUAAACCCUUGCUGGAGGAUAACGUUAACGAACAACCCCUAAUUGAUAAGAAAUCAUUGAAAAAAUGCGAUUCCGUUACGGAAUUCAAUGCCGUUAACAAUGCGGUUACAGACGAAAAUGAUGAAAAAGCUGUUGUGUUGGGUUCGGUGGUGACGGAGGUGGUUAUGUCGUUUGUGGAAUCGAAAGUGGAGGCGGAAGCAGAAAAUGUUACUGCUGGGGCAGAGUCUGUAGUUUUGAGUAAAACCGAGGGCAAUGAUGAAGCCGUCGCAGAGGAAAAUGUUUCAGUUGAUGAAUCGAAAAUAGAGUUAAAGAAAGACGAGUUGCUGAAGUUGAUGAAGCACAAAGUAGGCAGUUGUGAGCGUAGUUGUACGACCGGAAAUGAAGAAAGUGGUGGAGCAGUGACAGAGGGAGAUGUUUCAAUUGCUGAGGUGGCAAAAGAUGGGACUAUGGAGCAGAUUUUUCGCAAAGAAACAGAACCUUCUGUUUUAGAUGAUUCACAGGUUCUUCAUGAAGCAAUGGGUGCUGAGGUGGAGAAUGAAACUGAUGCUGAUACUGAGUUGAAGCACGAAUUAGACAAUUCUCAGAGCGUUGGUGCUAAUACUGUGGCAAGAGUUGCAACCAGAAAUGAAGAGAAUGGUGAGGCAGUGAGACAGGGAGUUUUUUCUACUGCGGAAGCUACAAUAGAGGUGACACUAGAUGGGGCAGAUUUAAAGAAGCGUGAAGAAGUACAAUGUAGGUUUGAAGGAGUGGAUGUUGAGGGGGAGACUUCUACUAUUGAUAAUGAUGCUGACAAAUUGAUUUUGAAUAAAGUUGAGGAGAAUGAUGAGAUGGUUGUAGAGACAGAUGUAUCAACAAUUGAAGCUAAAGCUGUGGAAAUGGAUGUAACAAAGCAUGAAGAAGUGGAACAUGUUUCGACGUUAGAUGAUUCUCAGGGUGCCCUUGUAGGCGAGGAAGAUGAAGCAAUAGGUGUUGAGGAAGAGACUACUAAUGUGGAUACUGAAGUGGAGACUGAAACUGAUACAGUCGAGUCAGGGGAAUCCUUGGGAGGAAAGAGGAAGAGGAGGGAUUCUAAGAGUCCUGGAAAUUCAAAGGCUGCAGCUAGAGCUUCAAGUAGGAAGAUUACAGAAGAGGACGUUUGCUUCGUUUGCUUUGACGGCGGGGAUUUGGUGCUAUGUGACCAUAGGGGUUGUCCUAAAGCAUAUCAUCCCUGUUGCGUUAAUCGGGAUGAAGCAUUUUUCCGUGCCAAAGGUCGAUGGAAUUGUGGUAAGUGCAUAUAUGUACGUCUUUUUCCUCAUAAGACUUCAUUUAGUGGAUAAAAUUUAUGUAUCGCCGAUUUACUCAUGCUAGUUCGUUUUCUUUCAGACUUUUUAAAGUUGGAAUACACACUGAUAUCUUCCACUUUUUGAAUUCCUUCAAGAGUCUCCUUAGACUUAAAGCUGUAGAGUAGUGAAAUUCAUCAUCUGAAAUAACUACUACAUAUUUGUGGGAUCCUGAGGAAAAGG